CAGCCCCGCCGCCUGCCUCUCGCCGUCUCCCUUCGCCUCGGAUUCUGCGCACACAGGCAGCCCCAAAGCCUGUCAUUCUGCACAACACAGUUGGGUGGUUUUUUUUUUCCCUCUCCCUUUCCUCCUCUUCCCCUCGCUCAAGCCGGAGAGCGAGUGGGGGGGAGAGAGGGGGAAGGGGGGGAGCCGAGAGCCAGAAGAGGCGAGAAGGCGCACCGGAGCCAAGUCCCGCAGCCCAGCAUGGCUUCGGGGGACCUUUACGAGGUCGAAAGGAUUGUAGACAAAAGGAAGAACAAAAAGGGAAAAUGGGAAUAUCUGAUACGAUGGAAAGGCUAUGGAAGCAAUGAGGACACUUGGGAACCAGAGCAUCACUUGUUGCACUGUGAGGAAUUUAUCGAUGAAUUCAAUGGCCUGCACGUCACGAGAGAUAAGAGAGCGAAGCAUGGGAAGCAAACCGUCACACCAAAAUUUUUACGAGAGAGCCGAGGCUCAUCCUUGGACAAAAUCUCACACAGACCUACUGACACGGGGAAGAGCAAAGGUUUGUCCCAUAAAAAGAAGCGAAUGGCCUCAGCCUUUCCAAAGCCAAAAAAGAGUUAUACAGCCAAGCCAGCAUCAUCAGGGGACAGAGCAGCUAAAACCGUGUCUUACCGGACUACUCCGAGUGGUUUACAGAUUAUGCCCUUGAAAAAAACCCACAACGGCCUACAGAAUGGGGAUGCCGGUUAUGAGAAGGAUUCUAGACAUUUUGGGAAUGGCUCACAGAAGCCAAACAUGGAUUUAAAUGAACACGAAGGGGAACAUGACCUACCUAGUGUUCUGGAUGUAAAUAAUGAAACACCUGUCAUGAAUGGAAUCGGUUCUUCCCUGGCUAAUGGAGGCCUGAAUCUUCAUAGCACUGUGAAAAGGAAACUGGAAGGGGAGAAGGAUUACGUCUUUGAUAAGAGGCUAAGGUACAGCGUGCGUCAAAACGAGAGCAACUGUCGAUUCAGAGACAUUGUAGUGCGCAAAGAAGACGGAUUCACGCACAUCCUCCUGUCUAGUCAGACCUCAGAUAACAAUGCACUGACUCCAGAGAUCAUGAAGGAAGUUCGGCGAGCACUGUGCAACGCAUCGGCGGAUGACAGCAAACUCCUGCUCCUCAGUGCAGUGGGAAGCGUAUUUUGCAGUGGCCUAGAUUACUCCUAUUUGAUUGGCAGAUUAUCAAGUGACCGAAGAAAGGAAAGCGCCAGGAUCGCAGAAGCAAUAAGGGAUUUUGUCAAAGCUUUUAUUCAGUUUAAGAAGCCGAUUGUGGUUGCGAUCAAUGGCCCCGCUCUUGGCUUGGGGGCUUCGAUACUACCGCUGUGCGAUAUUGUCUGGGCAAGUGAAAAGGCCUGGUUCCAGACACCAUAUGCUACAAUUCGCCUCACUCCAGCUGGCUGUUCGUCUUACACAUUUCCUCAGAUCCUAGGUGUAGCUCUGGCUAAUGAAAUGCUGUUUUGUGGGAGAAAACUCACAGCACAAGAAGCCUGCAGCCGAGGACUCGUCUCCCAAGUCUUUUGGCCCACGACAUUCAGCCAAGAAGUGAUGCUGAGGGUGAAAGAAAUGGCAUCUUGCAGUGCAGUGGUAUUAGAAGAAUCUAAAUGCCUGGUUCGGAGCUUCCUGAAAUCCGGACUUGAAGAUGUCAAUGAGAAAGAGUGCCAGAUGUUAAAACAGCUCUGGAGUUCUUCCAAAGGACUGGAUUCAUUAUUCAGUUAUUUGCAAGACAAAAUUUAUGAAGUCUGAACGUCCCGUCAUGCACCUCAAAAGAUAAAGGGUUCCAAGAGAAGAGGGAUUUCAAGUGUCACUAGGUUUGGAAAUCGAAAUCAAACAUCAGGUCCAAAUCCAGUAAAUCCUUCCAAGGAAUUUGUGUGAUAAUGUAUCUAACAUACCUUUGGCUGUGUCAGUUUCCGUGUGAGUUAUAUAGAGAAGUUUCAGCGGCUGUUCCUAGCAGGUUCGAUUCUCGUUUGACAAAGGGAAAGAGGACCGGGUUUUCUGCGCACACACUUGACAGAGGACUUGAAUUGUAUGCAUGCGCAGAUAGAGGGAACCAUACAUUCCGCCAGCUGAAAAGCACUAGUGUCACCAUUCAAGUGACACCACAAGUUGUUUGUUUUAUUUUUAACUUAUUCUUUGUAAACAAUGUGAUCCAAGAGGCUUAGUUUAGAAUUUGGGUCAAAGUUACACUUUUUUGAGCCUGCUUUAGAACUAUAUUAAUACUUUUAUUUUAUUUUUGGUCAGUUUUCAAAAUGUUAACAAUGGGGUCAGGGGUUUUUUUCCUAUAAUUUAUAUGUUAUGAUGUAUAAAGAGAUUAAUUUUGCAAAAAGAAACAGAAAAAAAAAUCCCCAAACAACUUCCUUGGGAUUCUUGUCCUCUGGGUGAAUUUAUUUAAUUAACUUAUUUGUACCUCUGCAUCUAUGUAUAGUUGACUGCGUCAUCUGUUGUUGUUGUUAUUUUCAUACUUCCAUAGACUGGAUAAAUGUUUUGUACAAAAGUGCAAACUCUUCAGUUUACCUUAACAGAGCAAAUUGGGCAGACAAGAAACAAUGAGGGUGGAGCAGGGAACAUACAUAACAUUGUGGGGCAUUAAGUGCAACAGCCAUGUCUGUCUUUUAGUAGGUGGCACAAAAGGCACCAAAAGGUCCAGAACAGGACUAUCAUUUUGUGGAUUCCUUAAGGGAAACCCAUGGAAAAAAGGUGAAGUUGUGAGUGUUACACAAGACCCUCUUUAUUCUUGACAUAAUACACAGUGUAGGGAUUUUUUUUUUUUGUAAUUUUUUUCAAAGACUAAUAUGUUUACUCUUUUUCUUAUUAGCUGGACAUUAAUAACAAGGUGUACAGUGCCCAAACCGUGGGACUGACAAAAAGGCUAAAGCAUCUUUUUGUGCUGUGAAACCUAGAACACCCUCAUGGGCCUCUGGUCAGUUCUGUUUUUCAAAUGUGGGACAAAUAGUGUUCAGAAAGUUUUGAAAGAGACCAGCACAAAAAGCCUAAGUUAUUGAUUAGAUCAGGAAAGAGUUUCAUUCCGCAUCCUCCAUCCAUUGUUCUGUGUCUGGCCUUACCACUCAGACAUACUUUCCCACCAGAACAAAGUACAAUCAUUGGUUCUUAGAAUAGUAUCAUAAGAACAUAAGAGAAGCCAUGUUGGAUCAGGCCAAUGGCUCAUCCAAUCCAACACUCUGUGUCACACAGUGGCCAAAAUACACACACACACACUGUGACUAAUAGCCACUGAUGAACCUCUGCUCCAUAUUUCUAUCCAAUCCCCUCUUGAAGCUGGCUGUGCUUGUAGCCGCCACCACCUCCUGUAGCAGUGAAUUCCACAUGUUAAUCACCCUUUGGGUGAAGAAGUACUUCCUUUUAUCCGUUUUAACCUGACUGCUCAGCAAUUUCA